UCAGUCCGGCUGUUGGAUCACACCUGGACUGGCGGCAUGGAGGGGAGUGAUAUCUACGGGAAUAUGGGCUUCCAUCAGCAGACUGGAAGAAGAGCACUGGUAGACAGGCGGAGAAUACAGGCUCCAGCAAAAACAGCAGUGGAUGAUGAAGAGGAAGUCGACUAUGCGAAUAUUGAAGAUUCCAUUGAACCGGAGGAAAAAACACCAAACUCAAAGAAACCACUCGCAGAGGAACCGAAACCACAAGCAGCCACAAAGUCAAAUGCCUGUGGUGCCAAGUCGAUUGUGGUUCUCUACAUCCUUCUGAUAGGCAGCUCUGCAGUGUGGAUGGCUCUGUUCUCCAGGGCCUUUGCGAAAUAUUCGGAAAUAGCUGCAGUACUACAGGACCUGAGAACCACACAGAAGACCUUGCAAGACAACGAUUCGGAAAUAGCUGCAGUACUACAGGACCUGAGAACCACACAGAAGACCUUGCAAGACAACGAUUCUCAGCUCUCUGCGCUGGUCACUAGCUUUGGAAAUGACGUGUCUCACCUAAUCAGUAAAGUGUCCAUCAAACCCUGCCCCUGUGAAUGGAUCUCAUUCAAUGAAGCAUGCUACUACUUCUCCAAGGAGCGCGCAGACUGGCACAAAGCAAAGGAGUCCUGCAACAGUAAAAGCGCUUCCCUCGCAGUGAUCAGCAGCGACCAAGAGCUGGAUUAUCUGAAGAGCAGAAUAGGCUCCACUCAUUACUGGCUUGGACUGAGUGAUUCUGAGACGGAAGGGAGUUGGAAGUGGCUGGACGGACGCACAGUCGAGACAAGAUUUUGGAAUUCUGGGGAGCCAAACAAUGCUGGAAAUAAUGAAGACUGUGGCAAAGUGACCAGCAGCAAGCUGAAUGACGUUCCUUGCAACUCGGAAGAACACUGGAUUUGUGAAAUGAAGCUUUAAAACAAUCCUGAUUCUCUUAGGACACACAACGCCCUUCUGAGGAGCAAACUAGAAGGGUCUUGUAAUGGUCUUUGUAGAGGGUAUUGUGCUAUGAAACUUGAUGAGGUCAAACUUAAAAAAAAACAAAAACAAUAGACAAACUGUAACAGUAGUUGUGCGCAGUCUCUUUAUUUUACUUUGAUUGCUGUUUUUCAUCAAGUAGGCGAUUCUGUGCGUAUGACGGUCCGCAAUACUUCUUGACCUGCCCCUUCAACAUUUGAACAUUUCAAUUGAUAGAAGCAGGGUCGCGGGCAAUUGCUUUUUCUGAAAUCAAAUUAUGUUUUUUAAAAUCAAUUCCCGAUUCAAAUUCCCAUUCCAGGAACUGACCCCCCCAUCCCCUCCCCCCCCCAACCCUGUCUAGAAACGUUCAGUGCCAGUAGUUGUUAAGUUAUUAAAUGGCCCCAUAUUGUUUUGGAGAAUAACUUGUAUGCAAUGAUUUAAAGAGUGUAAGAUUUUACAAACAAUAAAGAUGCAUUUCCUAUGCAACGUUUCUUCUGCCAAAGUGUAGUCAUUAUGAGUUUGUAUCACUGGAAGGUGGACUGGGGGGUUACAUUAGUGUACAGAGCCCUAAUUAAAAUAUACUAGUGUACAGAGCUCAAAAUAAAGUAUACAAAAUAACCAAAAAACUAAGUACACAAGACAAGGGGAGCCAGGGAGAUUUUAGGACAGUAAUCUAGGAGCUUCCCAUUCCUCCUGUGUUAGCGUCUAUAGGACAGUAAUUAUAUAUAUAUAUAUUUUAACUGUAGGACCGAUAACUUUUUAGACCACGGCUAUCUUAAGUUCACUCUGUAUUUGUGUGUUUUGCAGCACGCUUGAGAUUUGAAUUAGUUGGUUAACACUUAGUCAUGAUGUGUAGGGAUGUAAAAAAUAUAUUUUUUCACAGUCUAGAAAGAGGUACUUCAAGAUAUUUCAUGAUUAAACAUAAUACUUAUUAAAACAGAAAUGGAUAAUUUUCUCCAGAGUUAUAUUAUACAACAAUUGUUCCUAAAUAUUUAAAUGCUGACCUGAAAAACAGUGAAUGUUAAAUUGUAAUAUAUAUGUUGUUUAUGUCCACCUUUUCAAGACAUUUGGUUUUCACUCUCAGUAAAGACAUUUUAAAGAAAUCAUGCAGCUCUAUGCAUUGUGUGUUCAAUCAGUCUUGGCAAUGGGUGCAUUUCACUGAUAUCGUAGUUUAAAGACCCAGCCAGGGUCUUUUAACCAUGCACCACACAUGUUCGCUUCUCAUUGGUCGGUUUCCCUAGUUACAGCAUGUGCAGCUCCAGGAUCGCAAAACUUUUGGCCAUAGCUACAGUUGCUGCUCACUUAAAUUUUGUUAUUGGGGAAAUAUUCGAAGUAUUUUGUCAUCGAAGUUAUACCUGCUUUUAAACCAUGAAGUAUUGUUGUUUUUUGUGUCGACAGCAUCAACAGAAAACAAGAUACCCAUAAAGGAGAAGUGUUUGGACUAUGGGAAAUUAUCAUUCAUGUUUGUGGCGGAGUGUCCCGCCUCUAUGUAUUAUUAUUUGUAUUUUUGUUUACGGCGCGGGUAAAAGCUUUUAUUAUUUUAUAUUUAAAAACCCCGUGAGGAUGCAUGGCUGAUCAGCUACUGAUUAUUUAACUAGCUGACAGUCAUGCAUCCUUACCAAACGCGUGCAGACUCUGGCCGAGGGAUAAUAAGAUAAUUACCAACUAGUUAAUCCCUCGGCCAGAGUAUAUAAACCUGCAGCUCUCUGCACUUGAGGGUGGAGUGUUGAGGAGAGUACGGGAGAGCGGAGAGAGAAAGAGCGCAAGGAGAAUAAGAUAAUUAACAAUUGCUAAAACGUGCUGGAUUAGCCAGCACGACACUUACUUGUUUGUUUGUUUAUUCGUUUGGCCCUUGUGCCUUUUUGUUUUGUGUUUUGUUUAAAUCUUUUGUUUAUUAAUAAAUACGCUGAGUGCCAUUACACUCAGCUUCA